AUGAAACUCCAUCUAAACAUCCUCGGCAUAUGCGCCGCAGUGACAGCAGCUGGCACCUACAAGCCACAAUACCGAAUUUCCCCGAUCGACGGCUCAAAGAUCGCCUUACCAACAAAAGAACAGCUAGACUUCCAAGACAAGGAAAUCGGCGUCCUCAUCCACUUCGAGAUAGCCACAUACCUCGACAUCGACGGCUGCAACAAUGUUCCCAACCUCGUGCCAAACGUUGAUCUCUUCGACCCUACAUUAAUCAACACCGAUGCAUGGAUGGAUACGACGACGGCACUUGGUGCCAAGUACGCCACGCUGGUUGCUAAGCACAAUUGCGGAUUCACCACUUGGCCGAGCAACGUGACUUUUCAAAAUCGCGAUAAUGAGACCGUGUCGUAUAAUUAUACAAUUGCCCAUUCGCCUGUGCAUGGGCAGAAUAUUGUGAGGAGCUUUGUCGAUUCGGCUCAGAAGUACAAUAUUGGUCAUGGGUUUUACUAUAGUGUUGUCGUGAAUAACUUUCUGAAUGUGCAGAAUUCGGGGGUUAGGGCGGGCUCUUGGGCGCCUGGUCAGGUUAAUAUUACGAAUAGCACUUAUGAUCAGGUUGUUUUGGAUCAAUUGGGUGAGCUGUGGAAGGAUUAUGGGAGCUUGACUGAGAUCUGGUUUGAUGGUGGAUAUAGUAGCUCUCAGCAAGAAAAGGUCGAGACUCUCCUUGAGAGUACCCAGCCACAGGCAGUUAUUUUCAACGGAUGUGAUACCGAUGGCAAUUGUUUAUCGGCUAAUUCCAGUAAGCGCAAUCCCAUCCCUAUUCUACGCGUUUCAUCUCAACUCACUAUCACAGUCCGGUGGAUCGGCACAGAAGAAGGACAAGCACCAGAGGAGAAUUGGUCAACUGGCGUAACCAAUGACGGUGGCGACCCUACAAGUCCCUACUUCUGCCCAGCCGAAUGCGACACCACUCUACAGACCGAAGACCGCUGGUUCUUCGGCGUUGACCAGCCACUGCGAUCCAUCGAAGAAAUGAUCGAUGUCUAUCACAGGACAGUCGGUCGCAACUGUCUUCUGGAGCUUGAUCUCACACCAGACCGAAGCGGACUUAUUCCCGCCAGCUAUGCAGCUCGGUAUAAGCAGCUUGGAGAUUUCAUCAGCUCAUGCUAUGAUAAUCCAAUAGCGCCACAUGCAGCGCAUUCUGCGGACGAUAAGGGUGUGUACACCAUCAAGUUUGAUUAUCCGACUGCUAUCGAUCGGAUCGUUUUGAUGGAAGAUCAGACGAAUGGUCAAGUCAUUCGAUCUUAUCAAGUUCAGGCGAAGGUUGUUGACAGUCAAGAUGCUAAUGGUACAUUUUCCGUGUCAUUUUCCCACGUCUCAAACGGAACGAGCAUUGGUCAUAAGAAGAUUGAUAUCUUCGAAAAGCCGAUUUCAGUGACUGAAGUUCGAGUCAAGACCACCUACGUGGAUACUCCGAAGUGGCGGUCCGUUUCGGUUCAUCUUUGUGAUCAGCUGUCUACGAAUUCAUGCACUUCAACUGAAGCUAAUUAG